AGACAAGAGAACCUAGAGCUCCAACCUUUGUUCAGACUAUCACAGAGUUGCCUCGACAGACUAAACCAUGCAGUUCAACGUGCUCUUCUACUUGUCCAUCCUUUCUUUUCUCUGCUUUGCAUUUGGACAAGGGUCCUAUGAUGACUGCUGUCUGAAGUAUUUGAAAAAUAUGGAAAAGCACAUUCAGAAGAAUGCCGUAAAGUACAAAUAUCAAAAGACUGAUGGUGGCUGCAACAUCCCUGCUGUAAUCUUCACCAUGAGGAAGGGACGGAAGUAUUGCACAAACCCCAGAGAGAACUGGGUCAAGGAGCUGAUGAAUAAAGUUGAUGAAAGAGAGAUUCAGGUCAGCAGCAUGACUAAAUACAAGAAACCCAGAAGGCGCCCUUACAAAGGCUGAAGGUGACUGCAUUACAAAAUGGAUCUCCUUCACUUCCCGCUGCCUGCAAUCCUGUUAUUGAGCAAAAAACAAGCGGUUUUAUGGUUUAUGGUGACUUACUGGAAGAGGAUGCCAGCGAAGAAAAUGUAGCGUUGCUUUUGCUUUCACUCAGCAUUCAGAUAAA